AUGCCGGGAAUCCCUUUGGUGGCUCGUGAAACUUCCUCGCAUAGCCGAAGUGCGGAUCAGAUGUGCCGUGAUGAUGGUCGUGUGCGAUUGUCUGCUGAAGAAGAAAUGGCAGCUGAGGAAAGCCUCUCCACUUAUUGCAAGCCCGUUGAGCUCUACAACAUCCUCCAACGUCGGGCUAUUGGGAAUCCGUUGUUUCUACAGAGGUGUUUGGAGUACAAGAUACAGUCAAAGAAUAAAAGGAGAAUACAAAUGACAGUUUCACUUUCAAUGACAAUCAAUGGAGCUUCUCAAUCUCCUAGCCCAUUUCCUCUGUACAUUUUGCUGGCAAGACUUGUUUCCGAGAGUUUGACUCCAGAGAAGCAUUCUGCAGUUUUUCGGUUUAGUCGAGCGUGCAUUAUGAAUGACUUUGCUGGAGUUAAUGGGAGUACACAAGCACAAGCACAUUUCCUACUUCCAGAAUCUAAUAAGCUAGCAUCGGAAGCAAAUUCUGGGUCACUUUCUCUCUUACUUGUCAGCUUCGCUGGAGCUCAGAAUUCAGUGCAUGGACUUGAUUUGACCAAGAGUCAUGUAGAAAAUGUUGGAGGAUGCUGCCUACUGGGCAAGAUACAACUAGAGUCACUCUAUGCUUCAUGGCAGAAGUCUCCAAACUUAGCCUUGGGACAACGAGUAGAGGUUGCAUCAGCUGUGGACAUGUAUUCAUGCUUCUUAAAGUUGAAUUGUUCAAACGGUGAUAAGUGUGUUUUUGUACAAAUUCCAAAAGGGUCUGAGAAUGAUGCUUCGCAAGUGCAGGUCAAUGUCUCUGCUGAAGAAAUUGGAGCUAGGGAAAAGUCUCCCUAUCAUUCAUACACAUGCAGUGAUGUUUCUUCUUCCUCCUUGUCUCAUAUUAUUAGGUUGAGGGCUGGAAAUGUUGUUUUCAAUUAUAGGUACUAUAAUAAUAAGUUGCAGAAGACCGAAGUAACUGAAGAAUUCUCUUGUCCAUUUUGCUUGGUAAAAUGUGGAAGCUUUAAGGGUCUGAGAUACCAUUUGCCUGCCUCACAUGAUCUCUUCAACUUUGAGUUUUGGGUAACUGAAGAAUUUCAAGCAGUAAAUAUAUCCGUUAAAACCGAUGUUUGGAGGUCUGAGGUUGUUGCUCGUGGUGUUGAUCCAAAGCAGCAAACAUUUUCCUUUUGCUCAAAGAAAUCGAGGCGCAGGAAACCAAAAAGCCAUGUUCAACAAGUAAAGCAUGUCUAUCCUCUGAUCUUUGAGUCAAACCACCAUGCUGGAGCAUGUGACCUUCAUGAUAAAGCUAAUGGUGGCAAGAGCAUGGUAAGCAUCAGCCGUGGUGCUGCAGACGGUGCAGGAAAAGUUUCUUCUGUCUUUGAUGAAAUUGGGGCUUCAGUUUCUGGAGCACAAGGGCACCAGGAAGCUGAAGGUGUUCAGUUGGCAUCUGAUAACAGUGUUGUUCCUCCUGCAAUGAUACAAUUUGCCAAGGCGAGGAAGUUAUCUGCUGAUCGGUCAGAUCUGAAGAACCGCAGCCUUCUUCACAAACGACUGUUUUUUCACUCACAUAGAGCUCAGCCAAUGGCAUUGGAGCAAGUGCUAUCGGAUGUGGACAGUGAGGAUGAAGUUGACGAUGAUGUUGCAGACUUCGAAGAUCGAAGGAUGCUUGAUGACUUUGUUGAUGUGACCAAGGACGAGAAACAUAUAAUGCACUUGUGGAAUUCCUUUGUCCGGAAGCAGAGAGUCCUGGCCGAUGGGCACAUCCCGUGGGCGUGUGAGGCAUUCUCCAGGCUCCAUGGGAAAAGCCUCUUAGCAGCUCCAGCCCUACUCUGUUGCUGGAGACUGCUGAUGGUAAAACUGUGGAAUCACGGGCUGUUGGAUGCACGCAGCAUGAACAAAUGCAACUUGGUUCUGGAGGGAAUUCAGAAGCAGGAUUCGGAAGGCGGGAAAAGCUAA